CAAACCGAGUGACAGAAGACACGACCUCCUCGCCUCCUCACCUCCUCGCCUCAUUUCUCACUAAUUGAGGCGAAAUGAGGUUACAGACGUGAUGGAAACUUGGGUAUCACCCAAAGCAGCUGUGGUAUGACUUGGUGAGAGAGAGGAGCAGCAGCUAUGAAGCCAGUCAGCUUUCUGUUUAGUCUUCCAGACCCUCCCUGGGAUGCUCUGCUUGGCAUCCUCCUCUUUGCAUUGGUGUCCCUGACCUCUGUGGAAGGGAGUCUGGAGGUGGAUCCUUCUGAGUUUCCCCACCGUGGCGACCUGCAUCUGGUCCGUGGGCCAAGCGUGCUCUCCCUGGCUUGGGUGGUAGAGAUCCGAGAAGGCUGCUCCCUCAGUCAGAUCCUGGGGAAUUUGAGGAGAAAGCCCAUCCUAGAUAGAGGCCGGGGAUGGCAGCUGCAGGUGGAGAGUGCACCAUUACGGACAAACCAUACCAAAGGCCAUUCAGGCACGGCAAGCGAUUAUGCCACUAGUACUUAUGCAAACAUGUCAGGCUUACACUCCUAUAAUGGGGCAUUCUGUCCUAAGGAUAUACCAGCACAUCUAAUAUUACUGAAACAGAUUGAACCCUUGGGAAAUGUGUAUGUGGUGGCACACCCUUAUUUCAGAACAUUUUCCCAGCAAAAGAGGAGAUGGAUUCAGAGGAGAAAGAGAAAUGCCUGUGGCAGUUUCCGAGCCAGAAAUGCAACAGACAGACAGCCAGAUAGUUGCCAGAAUACGAUUGACAGUGAGAGUGUUUUCCUUAAAGUUCAAGCGUGCUUAGAAAAGGUUUUUCGUGCUCACCCUUGUAUUGUGUAUGCUAGGCAAGAAGUACUUAGAGUGCGGCAGAAGCGACGUAGAAUAGUCUUCCACGAUCCACUCUUUGAGGAGCAGUGGCACCUGAGAAACCCAGUUCGAGGCCAGUAUGACAUCAACGUCGUAGGGGUGUGGGAGAGUGGCAUCACGGGACGCGGUGUGACAGUGUGCGUGAUCGACGACGGGCUGGAGUGGCGGCACCCGGACCUGAGGGAUAACUACAACCCAGCAGGUUCCUACGACCUGAAUGCCGACGACCCUGAUCCUUCGCCUGUUAAGAAUGGAGAGCGGAAUGAGCAUGGAACUAGGUGUGCAGGGGAGAUUGCAGCUGCAACCAACAGUGUGUGUGGCGUUGGGGUUGCCUACCGUGCUAACAUCUCAGGCAUCCGUGUACUUGGUGGUCGCAUGACAGACUCCAUGGAGGCAGCUGCGUUCAUUCAGGGACUAGAUGUCAAUGAUAUUUACUCUUGCAGCUGGGGACCUGAUGAUGAUGGGCGGACAGUGGAUGGGCCACACCACCUUGCCAGCCGCGCCCUGGCACAUGGCAUUACCUAUGGCAGGAAGGGCUAUGGUGCAAUCUAUGUCGUGGCUUCAGGCAAUGGUGGCAGAAAGAAAGAUAAUUGUAACUUUGAUGGCUAUGCAAAUUCAAUCUACACGAUAACAAUUGGCGCAGUGGACAUUCGGGGGCAGAUGCCUUAUUAUGCCGAGGAAUGUGCUGCCAUGCUAGCCGUCAUGCCCAGCUCUGGCAGUAAUGGGCAUGAUAUUGUAACAACGGACUGGCGUGAGAUCAGUGCCACAGGAUGCACCAAGCAUCACUCAGGCACAUCUGCAGCAGCUCCCUUGGCGGCAGCGGUGGUGGCACUGGCCUUAGAGGUGCAGCCGUGCCUUUCAUGGAGGGAUGUGCAGUACCUCAUCGCACUGACAUCCAGGAAGAUCGACACAGCUAAUUCGGACUGGUCGACAAACGGGGCCGGCCUGCACCACUCGCACCAGCACGGCUUUGGGCUCAUAGACGCGGCUGCUGUGGUUUCAGCUGCAACGGUGUGGGAGUCGGUGCCCUUUGCAACUUCCUUCACCUCCAGGCGCAUGGUCGUCAGGCGCGAACUUCCCUCGCAGCGGCUCGGGGAAGUCACGGUUUCGUACGAGGUCACGGGGGAGGCGCUGCAGGGCUAUGCCUUGCGGAUUCUGGAGUUCGUGCAGGUGCGUGUGACAGUGGAGCAUCAGUACCGGGGCAGCCUCCAGAUCAGCCUGGUGUGUCCUAGUGGCACCCGGUCCGUGCUUGCCACGCCAAGGGAUGCUGACAACUCUUCCAAGGGUCUCAGUGACUGGCCCCUGGGGACUGUGCGUUGCUGGGGAGAGGACCCCUUGGGAACAUACCAGGUGACCGUUAUGCACACACGUCACCAGCAACUCAAGGGUCGGCUGGUAUCCUGGCAACUAGUGCUUCAUGGGUGCUCUAUGUUGCCCCAGGAGUUGCACGAGAGGAGGAGGACAGUGGAGCGUGCUGUAAGAGGAGAAGUGGUGCAUGUGAACAGGAGCCAUCUGUGUCAUCCGCCGGAACUGAGGUUUGAGCCCUUCCAACCCCUGCCGGAAAGGUGGCUGAAGGUGUUAAUCAUCACAGGGUUCUUCCUGCUGUUCAUGGCAGUCUUCAACUCCAUUGAGUACAUCUUUUGCUACAAUGAUGAGAAGGAAAAGUUCUACAAGAAGUUGAAGGACCUCUCCGCAGGACGGGCUAUGCACCAGCGGGGGGCGAGUGGGGGCCGCAGGGUGGGCACCUCAGAUCACCGCUAUGGCAGCAUGGAGUCGGGCAAUGGUGUACCGGGUGGGGGGGGUGAGACAGCCCUCCCCGCAACUGCCUGUGCCAAUGAAGUGCUUCCCCUGAUGACUCUCGACCGGGGGAGCUCCCCAACGCUUUCCUGUGAUGCUGACGUAUCUAGUCUGAACUGUGAUAGUGAUGAGGAUAAUCUCUCGUCCCACUGCACAAGUGAUACUGUAGUACCAAAGGACACAGAUGUCACAGACUUCACUAAUGAUGAGUUCCUUUCAGAGGCAGAUGAUGAACGGAGAGGGCCAACCAGUGUGGAGAUUGUACAUUGAUCUUUCAUUGUGGAGGAGAUUUUAUGUUGCCAAUAUACCACUUGAAAGUCUGUCCAUAAUGAGAAAAUAAGGCUCGAGAUUAAUUUAAAAAAAGGCCUGACUGUGAUGAUUAGUAAUUAAAAUGCAUUACAGCAUUGUUACUUAGCUGAGGAAUUUCAUUCUGAUUAUAUACAAAUUUAUUUGUUCUGUGAAAGAAUUGUCAUGGUUAUGUGCCAUGAUCAUUAAAUGUACCUAAAUAAGCUUCUAAGUAAGAAUGAUGAAAACAAAAAUUAGCUCAAAGCUAACUUAAUUCUGGUAAAGUAUGAGAGGUAUACCUAUGCUGAAUGUUUAUAAGACUGAAAAAUGGAACUUGCAUAAAUUGAUACUUUCCAUAACAUUGAGAACAUGUUGCAGCUUAUCACAACAGAAUUAACAUUUAUAAAAACAUAUAUAAUAAUCAUCAUCUGUCAUCACUUUGUAUCAGACACAUCAUCAUUUUUGUAAGGUCUUUUAUAAGAAUACAAUACAAUGCAUCUUUUAAGAAUUUAGUAUAGGAUAAUCACAGAAAGUUCACAUGCAUCACAUGCACUUACAUGAAAAGGGGAAAAAAGUUGAAGAUAAUCCUUUUACCUUGUGAAGCACUCAAGUCUUUAGCGAAAUUGUCCAUGGUAUUUGGUUGUGCAUUUUUAUGAUACUAAUUGGGAUAUGGACUUCAGGGGAAGCACAAAGGACUUUUUAAAAUGGCAAGCACAAACAACUAUCUGACAGAAAAAGUAUUUGGAAAUGCAGCUUUUUUUCUGUUUUGUUCUGUUAUGUACUCUCAGUUGAAGUGUAGUGAAAGCACAAGCUGCUAUGGUUUUGGGGCAGGUGUAUGAAUAUGUGAAUAUUUUGUUUUUUCUUAGUUUAGUGAUUUUUUAUAUUUUUUAUGCAAGUCUUAAUGAUUUUUAUUUAAAUAUUGUAUCUACUCAUUUGUUCUAAUUGAUAUCUGCGGAAAUUUCAAGGGACUACGAUUGUGCAUUUUAUCAUGAAACACUGCAUUUGUCCUUGGUUGGCCAAUUCAAACUUUUCCACAAAAUCACCCCAAAGUUGCCUCAAAAUUAGGCUGUCUUGCCUUGUCUUGUGUCAUUGGUUGGUCGAAGGUCAACCAAACACAUGUGAUUUCAUUAUGCAAGGAGAACUGGUGUUGUUGUUGUUGUGGCCUUAUGGGUUUAGAGGCGUAGUUGUUUGUUUAGUGUGAAGUUUUGCCUUUGCUAUGUGGCACGUGACAUAUGACGCAUGUUGUUACACUGGAGGGGUAAUUUUUAAAAAAAAGAGAGAGUAUAGUAGCAGGACACAUGUAAGGAAGAUUAAAGAGAGGAAGUUCCUGCAGCAUGUGAUAGUAUUGUGUUUUACUGUAUUUCAGUUUCUUCAUUCUUGUGGUUAGAUUUAGAUAGAAUCAUGUCAUCGCUAGAAUUCACUCUUAAUUUCAUUAGUAUGGAGUACAUAGGAAUAUUCCAAGGCACUGUAGACUGGUCUUAGUUUUCCCUGUCACUAAAUGAGGUUGAACCAGAAGUUGUGAUUUUUGCUGAUAGGGAACAGUUACCUAACUUCACCUGUUUGCUGGUAGUUUGCACAAGGUAUUUGUUUUAUUUUUCAGAUUAGGAAAAAAGGGAAAGAAUAGAUGGGCAUUAUUAUUAGUAAUAAUUGAAUUGACGUUAUUAAUUUCUGAGGUAACUUAUUUUCAUCUACUAGUGUAUUUUUCCCCAUUAGACUUGUCCACAACUGUAUCUGGUACAAAAAAUAUCCCCAUUUCAAUACACUGUACAGCAGUUGGAGUCAGGGACUAGAAUAGGUUGUAGAAAAUAAGUUUUAUGUUGACUACUACAAGCAGUUUGUAUUUUCUAGGAAAGAUAUAAAUGUGUGUGUGUGUGUGUGUGUGUGUGUGUGUGUGUGUGUGUGUGUGUGUGUGUGUGUGUGUGUGUGUGUGUGUGUGUGUGUGUGUGUGUGUGUGUCUGUGUGUCUGUGUGUAUGUGUGUUCACACACACACUCACACUCACACAUACACUCACACUCACACUCACACUCACACACACUCACAC